GCCUCAUAAUCAUGUUGGGUUCUCUCCAUACUCUCUCAAAAUUCAAGCUUCUGGGAUUUGAAGGUGAUUGGCUAUGGCAGCAGCUUGAAUCUCCAUGUCUUGGCGAACAUUUGAGCAUUGGCGUGCAACUAGGGUUCGCGGUAAUCUUGUUUGUUCAGUUUGUUCUGAAAUGUAUCGUUCAGAUAUCAGAUUAUCUCAGAGGAGGAAGAAAAAUAACCGAUCAAGCAUCGGAAAAUCGCCUGAUCGGCCGGAAUUUAAGUGGUUUUUACAAAGCGAGUGUAGCUUGCACCAUAUUCUUAUGUGUUAUCCAUGUUUUGAUGUUCUUCGCUCUGCUAUAUGGGAUUGGAUCUCGUUGCCGUGUGGAAAUCUCUGUAUUUUCCUCCGAGAUUAUUCAUGUCGUUGCUUGGGGAGUUGCGGUGGUUGCAGUUUGUGGAAUCGUUCGCAACAAGUCUGUUAAGUAUCCUUGGCUGCUACGAGGAUGGUGGAUUUGCAGCUUCUUUUUAUCGAUCAUCCGUGUGGCUCUCUAUGAAAAAUUUGGAGAUGGAAAUCAAGUAAGAGCUUACACUUACGCCCAACUUGUUUGCUUUCUUCCAUUGAUUUUCCUGCUUGCGCUUUCGGUUUAUGGAAAGACUGGCAUAGUUUUCGUUGUUCAUAAUGGCUUGGCCGAUCCACUUCUCCAUGAAAAUGGCUCUGAGCAUGAGGAAGACAAGAGAGACUCUGCUUACGAGAGGGCAACUCUUCUGCAACUCGUUACCUUCUCAUGGCUUAAUCCCCUUUUCGCUUUGGGAUACAAGAGACGCCUCGAACACGAAGACAUACCAGAUGUUUGUAGAAAUGACUCUGCUAAGCUUGUAUCCAAUGCCUUCACGGAGAAGCUAGACUUUGUAAUGAAGAAGAAUGGAGGCGUAGACGCAUCAAUCUAUAAGGCAAUUUAUUUGUUUUGCAGGAAGAAAGCAGCCAUUAACGCUGGUUUAGCAGUGCUAAGUGCUGCAUUAUCAUAUGUUGGACCAUAUCUUAUUGAUGACUUUGUAAAUUUCCUUACUGAGAAGAAGGGACGUAGCUUAUCAAGUGGAUAUCUUCUUGCACUUGCUUUUCUAAGUGCAAAGGUAAUUGAGACGAUUGCUCAAAGGCAAUGGAUUUUCGAGGCACGUCGACUCGGCAUUCACCUCAGGGGUGCUUUAGCUUCUCACAUAUACAAGAAGGGCAUUCGUUUAUCUAGCCGAUCUCGCCAAAGUCAUACCAGUGGAGAGAUCAUAAACUACAUGAGUGUUGAUAUUGAAAGGAUCACAGACUUUGCUUGGUACUUGAAUAUGAUAUGGAUGUUGCCAGUCCAAAUUUCAUUAGCUAUCUAUAUUUUACAUACAAAUCUANGUUUGGGGUCGUUGGGUGCCAUAGCUACAACUUUAAUUAUCAUGUCCUGUAACAUACCUUUGACAAAAGUCCUGAAAGAUUACCAAAAGAAGAUCAUGGAAGCUAAGGACAAUAGGAUGAAAGCUACUUCAGAGGUUCUUAGAAAUAUGAAGAUACUCAAACUUCAAGCAUGGGAUUAUCAAUAUCUCCAAAAGAUAGAAAGUUUAAGAAAAGUGGAGCAUGAUUGGCUAUGGAAGUCGUCAAAAUUAACAGCAUUUACAGCUUUUCUCUUCUGGGGAUCACCUACUCUGAUCUCUCUUGUGACAUUUGGACUCUGUACCUUAUUGGGCAUAGAAUUGACUGCUGGAAAAGUCAUCUCUGCAUUGGCGACGUUCCAAAUGCUACAAGAUCCUAUAUUCAGUCUUCCCGACGUACUAUCUGCAUUUAUUCAGGGAAAAGUUUCAGUAGAUAGAGUCGCUUCCUUCCUCCAAGUAGAUGAAAUACAGCAGGAUGCCAUUGUUUAUGUUCCAAAAGAUCAGACAGAAUUUGAUAUAGAGAUAGAAAAUGGAAUAUUCAGCUGGACCCCAGAGUCCAUCAACCCAUCUCUUGAUCAAAUAAACUUGAAGGUGAAAAGGGGGAUGAAGGUGGCAAUUUGUGGGACUGUUGGAUCGGGGAAGUCCAGUCUGCUCUCAUGUAUUCUUGGUGAAAUAGAAAAGCUUUCUGGGACUGUGAAGAUCAGUGGUACAAAGGCCUAUGUUCCUCAGUCUCCUUGGAUACUGUCUGGAAAUAUCAAGGAGAAUAUUCUUUUUGGAAAUGAAUACGAACAUACCAAAUAUAACCGAACUAUUACUGCCUGUGCUUUGACAAAAGAUUUAGAGUUGUUUCCAUGUGGUGAUCUAACCGAAAUUGGAGAAAGAGGGAUAAACAUGAGUGGGGGACAAAAGCAGCGGAUCCAAAUUGCUCGUGCUGUUUAUCAAGAUGCUGAUAUUUAUCUCCUCGAUGAUCCUUUCAGUGCUGUUGAUGCUCAUACAGGAACCCAACUUUUCAAGGACUGUCUGAUGGGUGCUCUCAAAGAGAAAACUAUAAUUUAUGUAACCCAUCAAGUUGAAUUUCUACCAGCAGCAGACCUCAUUCUGGUGAUGCAAAAUGGAAGAAUUGUGCAAGUUGGAGGAUUUGAAGAACUUCUGAAACAAAAUUUUGGAUUUGAAGCUUUAGUUGGGGCACAUAAUCAAGCUCUUGAGUCAAUUCUCUCUGUUGAACACUCAAGUAGAAUAUCUCAAGUUGAAAAACGUGAAAAAGAAUUAAAUGGAGAUUCUAUCACAAAUGCAGAUCCUCUGAACUCCAAAAUUGAACAAAAUAAUUCCACACAGCCGAUGAGGGAAAAAAGGGGAAAACUAAUACAAGAGGAAGAGAGAAAGAAAGGAAGCAUAGGAAAAGAAGUGUACCUAUCUUACAUGACCAGAAUAAAUGGAGGAAUUUUUGUCCCAAUCAUAGUCUUGGCACACACAUUGUUCCAAGCACUACAGAUUGCUAGUAAUUACUGGAUGACAUGGGCUUGUCCAACUACAAGCGAGACAGAACCAAAAGUUGGGAUGAAUGUUAUGCUACUUGUAUAUUUUCUACUUGCUGUUGGGAGUUCACUAGGCUUGCUGCUGAGAUCAUUAUUAUUAGCGGUAAUUGGACUUCAAACAGCACAAAAGUUCUUCAAAGAUAUGUUAUACAGUAUAUUCCAUGCACCAAUGGCAUUUUUCGACACAACCCCAACUGGAAGAAUUCUUAACCGGGCAUCAGGUGAUCAAAGUACUUUAGACUUAGCCAUGGCUGUAAAGCUAGGUUGGUGUGCAUUCUCAGUAAUUCGGUUGCUAGGGACCAUUGUAGUAAUGUCUCAAGUAGCAUGGGAAGUCUUUGCCAUUUUGGUACCUGUUACUGCAGCCUGCAUCUGGUACCAACAUUAUUACACACCCACAGCACGAGAAGUUGGCCGGUUAGCAGGGAUUCACCAAGCUCCAAUCCUGCACCACUAUGCAGAAUCCCUAGCAGGAGCAGCAACUAUUCGUGCCUUCAACCAUGAAGACCGGUUUUUCAGUACCAACCUUCGUCUUAUUGAUGCCUUUUCAAAGACAUGGUUCUAUAAUAAUUCAGUUAUGGAGUGGCUUUACUUCAGAUUGAAUGCGCUAUCACAUUUUGUUUUUGCCUUUUCAUUGGCUUUGCUGGUGUCUCUCCCCGAAGGAACUAUCGACCCAGGUAAUGCGGGCUUGGCAAUAUCGUAUGGGAUAAACUUGAAUUGGUUACAGGCUUCAGUCAUAUGGAGUAUAUGCAGCGCACAGAGAAAAAUCAUUUCAGUGGAAAGAAUUCUUCAGUACUCGAAGAUAAAAAGUGAAGCACCCCUUGUUGUUGAAGACUGCAGACCACCAAGCAAUUGGCCGCAAGAGGGGAGUAUUACUUUCAAGAAUUUACAGAUUCGUUAUGCGGACCAUCUUCCGGAUGUCCUAAAAGACAUCAGCUGCGUCAUCCCAGGAAAGAAGAAAGUGGGCGUUGUAGGAAGAACAGGCUGUGGGAAAUCAACCCUCAUUCAGGCCAUUUUUAGGAUAGUUGAACCUAGAGGAGGAAGCAUUGUUAUAGACAAUGUUGACAUUUGUAAGAUUGGCCUCCAUGACCUGAGAUCAAGACUUAGCAUCAUCCCUCAAGACCCCUUGUUGUUCGAAGGUACGGUUCGAGGAAAUCUCGACCCACUAGAACAGUAUUCUGACCAAGAAAUCUGGGAGGCUUUAGAUAAAUGUCAAUUGGGUGGAUUGGUGCGUGAGAAGGAGAUGAGGUUGAAUUCUCCAGUGGUUGAAAAUGGUGAAAAUUGGAGUGUUGGUCAACGACAACUAUUUUGUCUUGGAAGGGCAUUGCUCAAGAAAAGCAACAUUCUAGUGCUCGACGAGGCCACAGCGUCUGUCGAUUCAGCAACUGAUAGCAUCAUUCAAAGUAUCAUUAGGCAGGAGUUCGAAAAUCAAACAGUAAUCACCAUAGCUCAUAGAAUCCACACAGUUAUUGACAGCGACCUUGUUUUGGUUCUCAGUGAUGGACGGAUUGCCGAGUUCGACUCACCCGGAAAAUUACUCGAAAGAGAUGAUUCCUUCUUCUCCAAACUGGUGAAGGAGUAUUCGAUGAGAUCUCAAGGCUUGAAUAGCUUAAAAGAACACUGACAGAUUGGUUCCUUCCAAGUAUCUUUGUCUUUGUCAACAACAAGAUUGGAGCCCAAAGUUGAUUUGGAGAGUGGGUGAUUUUUGUAAUACAACAUCCCAUCAAUAAUUGUGGAAUCUUCUCGACAUCAAAUCUGGAAAGCCAACAAGGGAGUCGCUCAAGUUUUUAUCUUGUUGUCCAUCUUAGAACUGACUGAAGGACAUCUUAAUCACCUAUUCGUUUUUCAGUUUUACCUUAAAU